AUGGGUGCAAACGGAACAACUUCAACACCAGCCGACGGCUAUGUCGAUCCAAACUGGCCAGACCCCAAGGGCAAAAACGACAUUCGAAUCAUCAUCUAUGGCUACACACCAUCCUUCUCCUUCGCCGUGUUUGCGGCAGUCUGGUUUUUCCUCAUGCUUGCAGUCCACCUGGCCCAGACAAUUCGCUACAGAAGCUGGUGGUUUAUUCCAUUUUCCGUCGGCCUACUAUUCGAAAUCAUUGGCUACAUCGCACGCUGCCUCUCGGCAAAGGUAGACCCCUACAACUUGAUCUACUUCAUUCUCAACUACUUCUUCAUCGUCGUCGCGCCUGUCUUCCUCGCUGCGGGUAUAUACACCAUCCUGUCGGCCCUCAUUUCUCGACUGGGUUCCAAAUAUUCCUUUCUCUCGCCCAAGGUCAUCAUGUGGUUCUUUGUCCUGUCCGACGUUAUAUCGACCAUUACCCAAGUCAUUGGCGCUGCUCUCAUUGGCAUCCAAGAGUCAAAGCACAAAGACCCGACUGUUGCCAACAACAUUCUCUUGGGCGGUCUAGCUUACCAAGUAUUCUCCAUCGGUGUAUUCAUCGUGGUGACUGGAAGCUUUUUAGCACGUGCCGGACAUGCAAUUAAACAGCGCGGUCUAUCUGCUUUUUGUGUCGUCUUUGCUUCUGCAACACUCUUGAUAUAUAUGCGAACAGUCUUUCGGCUUGCAGAGACGGCCCAGGGGCUGAACGGUUCUAUUCAAUCGAAUGAGAUUUUAUUUGCUUGCUUCGAAUUUGCGCCAGUAGCGGCGGCAGUGCUCCUUUUCGCUGGGUGGCAUCCUGGACGAUGCCUGGGCAACACAGUCUCAGGGACUGAGGUGACUGGCGAAGCAGAACGUAACAACUGGGACAAAGCUUAA